AUGUAUGUGGAUACUUCAUCACCGAUGGAUAUUCCGAAUGAUAAAGGGAUCUCACCAAGUGAUGCUCAACCUCCUACAGGGCAACAGGCUCCGCCGUCUCCACAAAAUCCUCCCGGUCUUAGACAGCGGCGUGGAUCCAUUUUUGUUACAGCACUAGCAGCAGAACAACAUGGCGCGUCGGGUUCAUCUACAGACAGUGGGUAG